AGAGAGAGAGAGAGAGAGAGAGCAGCAGCAGCAGCAGCCAACCCGAAAGACAUCCCUCUCAAAUCCUCAGAAACCCAACCAAGAAACCACACCAAACCCUAAGUCAAACGAACUCUUCUUUCUCUCUUGCUCUCCUUCCUCAUGGCCCCUCGAACCAUAAUCUUGGAGAACGUUCUUGGUUAUGAUCAUUAGUUUGAGACCAUGAGCUCGAACGCCAGCUCCAGCGGAGGAGGCGGAGGCGGAGGGGGGAGUGGCGGCGGCGGGAGCGGGAGCGGGGGCGGCGGGCCAUGCGGCGCGUGCAAGUUCCUGAGGAGGAAGUGCGUGCCCGGGUGCAUAUUCGCCCCCUACUUCGACUCGGAGCAAGGGGCGGCGCACUUCGCGGCGGUGCACAAGGUGUUCGGCGCGAGCAACGUGUCGAAGCUCCUCCUCCACAUCCCCGUCCACAAGCGGCUCGACGCAGUGGUCACGAUAUGCUACGAGGCGCAGGCCCGACUCCGGGACCCCAUCUACGGCUGCGUGGCCCACAUCUUCGCCCUCCAGCAACAGGUGGUUAACCUCCAAGCCGAGCUCUCUUUCCUACAAGCCCACCUGACGACGUUGGAGCUCCCGACGCCUUUACCGCCGCCGCCCCCGGCUGUGGUGGUGCCGCCGCCCCUAUCGAUAGCCGAUCUCCCAUCGGCCUCAUCGAUCCCUGCUACUUAUGAUUUGUCCUCACUUUUUGAUCCAAUGGCACAAGCGGCGUGGAUGAUGCCGCAACGGCAGAUCGAUCCCCGUCAAUUCGAAGGCGGCGGCGGCGAUCUUAAUGCGCUGGCCCGGGAAUUGCUACGACGGCAAGGAUCUCCGCCUCCUGGCUGCAUAGAUGCGUCGUCAUCACCAUCGUCCGUCUCCAAAUGAGACUGACAACCCUAAUUUAUACUAGUACUUGCCCCGGGAUUUACUAUUGACGAUACAUAUUUUAGCAAGGGAAUUUUGAUUUUCUUGUUAUACUUUAGAGGCAAGUAAUAGCAACUAAUUAAUCUUUGUAGCCUGGUUCUCUUUUGCUUAUCCUCUUCUACAGUGAAAAGCUAGUGCAAUUGAACGCUAGAUUAUACAUGUAUUUGAGCUUCAAUUUGAAAAAAUGUCUAGCAAUUAAACUUGUAAUUUUCAAAAUA